AUGAGAGUCGAAGUGAUCGCUUUCGCACUUUUCGCUGUGGCUUUGUCCAGCAAAGUACAGCCUCCACCCGCACCGUUUAACCCCGAAUGUCGUGUGAAUGACCCGACCGCUUGGGAUGAUGCCGAGUUGGGAAAGGUCCCAUGGUUCGACGUCGACUUGGACGCUCCACCACACGAGCGUUAUCAAGAAAUUGCUCAAGUCUACAAGGACAAAAUCCCACCGGUUUUGGGAGUCUUACAGAGCAUGGUUCAAAUGAUCUUCGGUGAUGCGCCCGUUUUCGAGAUGAUUGAGGGGUGGUUCCGUGACGCGUACGAGGGUGGACGAUACCCCGCUCCAUACAGUGAUGAGAUUCAAGGAAUUGCCGACGUUGUUGGGAUCCCAGUCGAGCAAAUCGCGAUGAUGAAUGUUUUUUACGAGUUGUCCCGUUGGUGCACGUCGAUUGUGGCUGAGUCGAGCGAUAACUCGAUGUGGCACGCAAGAAACCUUGACUUUGGUCAGCUCUUCAUUUGGGAUCCAGAAAUCGAGACUUGGGAUUUGACUGAUACGUUGAGACAAGUGACGGUGAACAUCAACUUCAUGAAGGGCGGAAAGUUACUCUACAAGGGAACCACUUUUGCCGGACACACUGGAAUCAUCACUGGGAUGAGAAUGGGCGAGUUCACACUGUCGAUGAACGCAAAAGAGGUGAGCGACUAUGGAUUGUUGAUGGAAUGGCUGACGGGAGAUCUCAAGGAUACCAAUUUCGCGAUGUGGGUCGAGAGACAGGUCAUGGAGAAUGCGACCACGUUUGAGGAAGCGAGAACCUACUUGUCAAACGUUCAACAAAUGUCCAACUGCUACUACAUUCUUGGUGGCAAAGAACUUGGCCAAGGCACGAUCAUCAUCCGCAACGCGACCAGCGUUGAACAGGAGCUCAAGUUGCACGACGGGAACAAUGAUUGGUACUUGUUGAUGACCAACUACGAUCCACAACAAGAUCCAUUGUGGGUUGAUGAUCGGCGUACAGGAGGCAACGCUUGCAUGAAGGAAUUGGGAAAAGAUGGAGUUUCCCUUCAAGGGCUUUACAAGGUGCUCAAAUCGAAGACCACCCUCAACAAGACGACCGCGCACACUGUGGUCAUGUCGAUCACUCACGGUGUCUACGAGGCUUUCCUUCAACAAUGCCCAAAUCCAUGCUGGCCUUUC